UUAGUGUCAUCUAAUAUUAUUACAUUCUGUCUAUAAUUUUAUAAUAAUUUUAAAAAUAUGGAGAAAGACUGUAUGUAUUUAGUACAAGGAAGAAAUUCAUCUAUGAUGUUACAAAAAAUUUUGAUACUUAUUCAAAACCAGAUAACAAAGAAUGACACGGAGAGGUUACUGACUAUAAUCAAACAAUUUUUGUGUUUGUCUACAGAUGGAUUUUAUGUUCAAGAUCUGUACAAUAUUACCCAUGUUGUCGAUAUAUUAAUGGAGAAAAGUAAACAAGAAUCUGUAUAUAUUAAGCAUCUAGAUACGUUUUUAGAGAUAUGUUCAAUUCCACCUCUUUUAGUAAAAUCAAGUGAUAUUAUUAGAUAUGCUUUGGACAUACAAGAAUAUUUUUCCUGGUUAGGUUAUCUGCUGAUAUGGACAGAAGAUAAUGAACCCCUUCAGUUUAAAAUCACAAAUGUAUUACAUAAAUUACUGACUGUCGAUAAUCCCAACUUAAGACAGUAUUUGCAACUUGAAGUACGGAAAAAUAAAGCUCAAAAGAGUAAUCUUGUUGAUAUUUUUGGGGAAUUUCUGCAGUUCUGUAACGAUGCCGUCUAUAACGAACUUUUAAAAGUGGUUCUGAUUUUGUGCAACGGGUCUGCAUUAAUGUGUCAGAAAUUUUUAGCAAGACACAUUGUAAAUUCGCUUUUGACAAGACUAGAACCUAACUGGCGAGCCAGAUAUCCGAAUGAAAAACCAGGCAUGCCUAGGGGCGAUGAGAUACUGGAUAUCUCAAUAGUAGGAAAGAUAUUGCCUCUAGUUUUGGAAAAGGCGACCGCCCAAACUAUGAAAGCGCCUACAAGAUUUUCACUUUGGAGUUUACAAUGGACGUUUAGAUUAUUUUGUUUAAGGGAAGCAACCCGUUUAGAAAGAAAUAAUAUUCUGGCGAUACUAUUGAUGUUAAUGAACGUUUAUCCCGAUUUGUUAUCCGGAAAUUUAACAUUUUGUUACGAUAUCGCCAUGCUAGCUAUGGCACAGGACGUUAUUUUUUCUCCAAACCGAAUAACCGAAUGCCGUUUAACUCCAUGUAACGAAGACAUGUGCUGUAUGGCAUUAUUGUUAAUGUGCAUUUCAUUUUAUAGGCAUAUCCUGACAGGCCCAAAGGUUAUCGAGGAAUGCAGAAUAGUAAUGGGGUUAUUGAAAUUAAUAGGCAAACAGCAAGCAAUAAAAUGGAAACCAUUACAAUCACGAUAUUUAAUCAAUGUUUCUAUAAAUAUUUUACACAAUAUAGUGCCUAUAUCUACUGAAGAAUUUGUUGAAGAUGGUGGUCCUUUAAUAAUAUUGGAGCUAAUAAAUGAAGGAAGACAAUUUGCCUCAACGGCUAAUUAUCAAAUCAUACUGAGGAGUGUUGAACUUCUGUGCCAUUUCUGUUAUAAAUUUAAGAGCAUAUGCGAUUCAGUUGCAUAUAAUGGAGGUUUUAAUAUAAUAUUAUCAUUGUGCAACGAAUAUUUAGAAGCAAAUUAUCUUUCAAAAAACCACCAAGUUUUAAUAGCAGUAUCGAUUUGCCUCUUAGAACAAAUAUACCAUCCAGAAAAGGCAAGAGAGCUUUUACCUAUGAUUAUAAAAUAUAUGAAUAGGUAUAUAAAUCCAAAUCCGCAAGAUCCGGUGCAAGGGCAACGAAUUAUAAUUCUGACUUUAAGCCUUAUUUGGAAUAAAAUAGCAUGUUCUGAAUCGUUGAGUAAAGCAUUUAUUGAAAUGGACGGGAUAUAUUUACUAUUAGAUAUUGUUCAGAUGAGUUGCCUACCAACAAAAAUAGUUGCAUUGGGUGUCCUAAUCGAUUUAUGUGAAAUAACCGAAUGCGUUCCCUAUUUGAUAACAUGGAGACGAAAUGGACAAAGAAUUAAAUCUUUAUUACUGGACACAUUUCGCCAAGAAAAUACAGAACUCCAUGUUAAAGUUGAUCAAUAUGGAGCAAUUGUAGAUCCACUGAUACCAAUAAUGGGUGAGGUUCAGUAUUAUGAAACCAAUUGUCCAUGUAGAAAAUUUGUGGGAAAUCCGUCUAUAGCUGACUUAUUAAUUAGCUGUCGCCCAAAAGUGUAUUGCUUGUUGCAGAUAUUAGAAGUAAGACAACGAGACGUGGUGGAAACAACGGAUGAAUUUUAUAAAUUAUUUAAUGAAGAUCUGUCACGAGAAGAUCAGGUAACUUUAUUGGUAGCCGAAAACUUUUUGGCCUUAAAAUUGUCAGAAGAAUGGCAUGAAUUGGCUAAAGAAUUCGAAAAAUAUGAGAUAGAAGUUAUUCCAUCUGAUCAAGCUAUUAUUGAAUCGAUGUUAGAUGUUACUAAUCAAUGGGGAGGCAUAUUACAAAAAAUGCAACGUCAAAUUUUGGAUGAUUUUCAUAAGAAGGAUAAAAAAUUUGAAGAAUCAUUUUAUGACACUCUGAAGAAAAGUCGAUACCCAGAAGCAUGCGAAGCUCUCAAGCAAAUGAGAUAUAUAGCAAAAUGUUCUGAAAGAGUGUUUAGAUUGUCCGCUUAUUACGAUACACAGCAAAGAAUUGUUGAUAGUUUGCAAUAUAAUGAGGAGAAUGGCCAGUUUCAUCCGACUAAUUUUUUCGACGUGUUUGUCAGUUUUGUUAAAAACCAACAUGUCGUUGUACCUACUGACGUAGUAGAAGACGUAGUACCAUCUCUUGAAUUGCCUACUUUUGUAUCUCCGGCAAUAUCAUUGAGUAUAGAAGAUUUUAUGACCGAUGAAAGUUUUUCGGAUUUGGAUUAUCUGUGAAAAGAGAAGGAAUAUUUCAAUCAUUUUAUUUUCAACAGUAGAAAUAUACAUAUUAUAUCAUA